CCUACACAUUCAAUCUCGAGCAUUACGACACGUGUGCAACACGUGUGCAGCCAGCACGUUCCCUCCGUUCCACCCCGCUGACGAAACCGGGCAAGAAGCCACUCGUAAAUUUGCAGCCAUGAAGAGAACAACGUGGAGUUCUUUCGGCGUGUCGAAGGCUUCCGGAUACAAAAGGAUGCCGCCCCAUCCGGCGAGAACCGAGACCCCGCCGCCACCCCCGGCGAUAUUGGCUCCGUUCCUGAACACAGGGGAGGACAGUCGACCAGCGGCCGGUCCAGCACCACGCAUUCACAUCAUUCCCAUUACCGUGGAGCCACGCACGUCCCCCGCGGACCGAUCCAGCCACAUGACCUCGGACGCGCGGGGUCAAACGAGCAAGGAGUCCGGCACCACGUCCAGCCAGGAGUCCGGCAAGGCGUCCGGCAAGGCGUCCGGUAUACCGUCCAGUGUCAUGUCGGACCCCGGGGCCAUGUCCGCCACGUCGCAGAGAACCAAAUUGUCCGGCACGAGGCAAAAGUCCCACUCCUUGCCCCUCACGGACAAGCCCAAGUCAGCGGAUUUAACACAGCGUUCCCUGAUGAGAGGAGGAGAAAACUCGCUGCUUCCAUUCUGCGGUUGCCUACUGGUCCUCCUCGUCUUCCUCGUCCUGCUCUGUUUCAUGCUUUGGACCGAUUACGAUUCUCAUCGCAAAGAUCGAGGCCCGGAAUACCGGCAUGCAGAGACUGAUCAAGCUACUCAGGCUACCGAGCACACAACGGAGCCGAACCUUCCUCCCGCACCUCCGACACCCGCUGCAGGACACGUGGGCGCCCCAUGCAGUGAAACCGAUCCUUGCCUGGGCGAGGCCCAAUGCGUGAACGGUGCCUGCUGGUGUAAAGGCCCGGGCUUCCGCGUCGUCAAAGGCAUCUGCGUAUUUGUCACAACGCCGGCGACGAAGAAGACGCGGUCGCCGAAGAGCACAACCUCUCCGUGGCGUUCCAGGGCAACGACCCUCCCGUUCUCAGCGCGGAUCACGUUCGUGCGUAUCGUACGCCCGGCCACAACUGCCACGAACGCCAUCACCGAGACCACGCCCGGGACCCCCACGGGAGAGGAGCGGGCUGAGAUCGUGGCAGAGGUCGACGGGACUCUCCACGACGGAGACGACUCGCCUGAAACAGCGGUCUCGAACGCCACUGUGGCUUCGAACGUCACCGCGGCCUGGAACGUCACCGCCCAAAGCGAGGAGGGCCUGGAGAAGCGCGGAGCGCCACCGGACUAGACGUUCGCUCCGGAUGAUUCGAUUCGGCCACUUAACGUCGCGGCCAUCUUUCACGUUUAAAAUCUUUAAAACUGUUUCCAAAUUGGA